AUGUCCUUCCUCUUCGGCGGCCGACCCCAGCUCUCCUCCGCCGAGAAGAUCGCCGCCGCGGAAACCGAGGUCGAAAUGGUGUCGGACAUGUUCAACAGACUCUCCCAGUCCUGCACGGCCAAGUGCAUCCCGCCCGAGUACCGCGAGCCGGACCUCAACAAGGGCGAGAGCGUGUGCCUGGACCGCUGCGUGAGCAAGUUCUUCGAGGUCAACCUCAAGGUCAGCGAGAAGAUGCAGGGCGAGGCCGCGCAGAAGGGGGGCGCGGGUGGGGGUGGGAUGGGGGGGUUUGGGAUGUGA